GAAUUAAUCGGGCAUUUAAUAUCCACAGCCGGCGCACACGGGGCUAGCAGAGGCCAGAUCCCGUCGCGACAGCGCUGUCAGGGCUGCGCGCGGCCGAAACGCACAAAAAAACCGUCAGGAUUUGGCCCGAUACAGCCAUAGCACCACCGCACGCCAUCGCAGCGCAGCGCAUAUAGCAUCAAUGGCCGACGAGGCCCGGGGCCGCUAUGCCGAGGAGACCAAGGAGCCGCCGAUGCAAUACUUCACGCGCGCCACGCAAUUGUUGCGACGGAACGGUCCCGGCGACGGCGUAGAAGCAGAAAAACUCUUACUACCGAUCCUCGACGGCGACGGCGACGCCGCGCUCAAGGGGAGGGCCUGCUACGCGCUAGGCUACCGCCACGAGAGUUGUGGCGGCAGCGAGGCGGAGGCGGAGGCCUGGCUCGCAAAAGCGGCGGCGUUCGGCGACCUGCAAGCCAUCGACCUGAUCGCCGAUCGCAAGCGGGGCGUGAGAAUCAAAAGACUGCUGGACAUCGUAGUCUUCCUACUCCUCAUCUGCGCCAGCUUUGCCGUCUGGACACUCAGAGACCUAGUGGAAGUAGUAGCGUUCAAGGAGAAAUGGGAGGACGAGGUGCCCGGUUCUGAUCCGAGAAUAGUGCCCGACGUGGCGUGGCGCGACGGCGUCUUUUCUAUCGAAAAACGCAGAGACUUGGUGGAGAAGGGCGAGCACUUGUUGGGAGUUGUCGGCGACGCGAAUCCGCUCAGCGAGGAGGGCUUCGGCGGGACGCGGGGUGUCGUCCUCCACUUUACGCGGGCUGCGUUCGAGGAUGCGUACGCGUUUCAACAUCCGGCCUACGCGUGGCUCUACGAGGGCGUGUUGCAGGAAUUGUUAGAUGAUAGAUGCGACGCCUUCGUCUUCAACAUCCUCGUCGUGCCGCCGGGCCGCGAUAAAAAUAGGACGGUCGGCGUGGGCUCGCACGUCGACCAGACCCUCAUGCAGCCGUCGACGCAGCGCGAGCAGACGGCGUAUUCUGUCUCAGUCGCUUAUUUGCAAGUGCCCCAGGGUCUCGAUGGCGGCGAGCUCGUCGUGGCGGGGCGGAGCCACGCGCCGCGCGAGGGCUCCGUGUUAGUGUUCCGGGGCGACCAGUCGCACCGCGUGAAGGCCUUCUGUUUGAACAACGAGGGCGACUGCGCGGUGGAUCAAACACCAGAGACAAAGCGCAUCUCGUUCGUGUUAGAGCAGUACCGCGUCGUGCCCGAGAAGUUGCGCCGGACGCCAUUGUUCAUUAUCGCGCCGACAGCGACGGAGCAGGCGCUCCUGCCGCUCCUCGCGUCGCUGCGCCCGCUCGGCCCGGGCCUCCAGGACGCGUACCUGUGGGUGAGAAGGCGCUGGCUGAGCGGCGGGCAUAUGUAGUUGUU